GCUCUGAGAAGGCAAAGGCUGGGCAAGCUUCACAUUGAGCGGGGCACGGCUGAGGGCAGGUUGAAGGCGUGUCCAGGACAUCUGAGGCUUGACCCUGGGGGCUUGCUCAGCUGCCAUCUCCGCGGCCACUACAGACCCAGCCUCGCACUCCAGGGCGGUGUACCGCCAGACACCACCAUGGCCACCCCUGGGGCCAAUGCAUCCGCCCUGGCCUCUGACCGACCGAACGGCCCGGUGACCAUCCCGGCGGUGAUGUUCAUCUUCGGGGUGGUGGGCAACCUGAUAGCCAUCGUGGUGCUGUGCAAGUCGCGCAAGGAGCAGAAGGAGACGACUUUCUACACAUUGGUGUGCGGGCUGGCUGUCACCGACCUGCUGGGCACGUUGCUGGUGAGCCCGGUGACCAUCGCUACGUACAUGAAGGGCCACUGGCCCGGGGGCCCGGCGCUGUGCGAGUACAGCACCUUCAUCCUGCUUUUCUUUGGCCUGUCCGGGCUCAGCAUCAUCUGCGCCAUGAGUAUCGAGCGCUACCUGGCCAUCAACCACGCCUACUUCUACAGCCACUACGUGGACAAGCGGCUGGCGGGCCUCACUCUCUUCGCGGUCUACGCGUCUAAUGUGCUCUUCUGCGCGCUGCCCAACAUGGGCCUCGGCAGCUCGCGGCUGCAGUACCCGGACACCUGGUGCUUCAUCGACUGGACCACCAACGUGACGGCGCACGCCGCCUUCUCCUACAUGUACGCGGGCUUCAGUUCCUUCCUCAUCCUGGCCACCGUGCUCUGCAACGUGCUGGUGUGCGGAGCGCUUCUUCGUAUGCACCGCCAGUUCAUGAGACGCACCUCGCUGGGCACUGAGCAGCACCACGCGGCUGCUGCCGCAGUCGCCGUGGCCCCCGCAACUUGCCGAGGGCCCCCGGCCGCCGCCUCCCCCGCCCUGCCGCGCCUCAGCGACUUUCGCCGCCGCCGGAGCUUCCGCCGCAUCGCGGGUGCCGAAAUCCAGAUGGUCAUCUUACUCAUCGCCACCUCCCUGGUGGUGCUCAUCUGCUCCAUUCCGCUUGUGGUGCGGGUGUUCGUCAACCAGUUAUAUCAGCCAAGUUCGGAGCGAGUCAUCAGCAAAAACCCGGAUUUGCAGGCCAUCCGAAUUGCUGCUGUGAACCCCAUCCUGGACCCCUGGAUAUACAUCCUCCUGCAGAAGACGGUCCUCAGUAAAGCGAUCGAGAAGAUCAAGUGCCUCUUCUGCCGCAUUGGCGGGUCACGCAGAGAGCACCCGGGACAGCACUGCUCAGACAGCAGAAGGACAUCCUCAGCCAUGUCUGGCCACUCGCGCUCCUUCCUCUCACGGGAGCUGAAGGAGGUCAGCAGCACGUCUCAGACCCUCCUCUACAUGCCAGACCUCAGUGAAAAUGGCCUUGGAGGCAGGAAUUUGCUUCCGGGUGUGCCUGGCAUGGGCCUGACCCAGACAGACAGCACAUCGCUCAGGACUCUGCGGGUAUCAGAGACUUCAGACUCCUCCCAAGGGCAGGACUCGGAGAGUGUCUUGCUAGUGGACGAGGUUGCUGGGAGUUGCAGGGCUGUGCCUGCCCCAAAGGGGAGCACCCUGCAAGUCCCCUUUCCCAAUGAAACACUGAACUUAACAGAAAAAUGUAUAUAGUAGCUAAGGAAAGAAAUACAGUACUAUUUCUGGAAGCUUCUAACAUCCUGUGCAUUAGACACAUAAAUGAAGUGUUUCGCCAUACUCAGAAGGGCUCUUUUCAUCCUGCAACGCACAUUAGAGAGCAUCCCGGCUUUUG